AUGGCUGCAUCAGGUUUGCCUUCAUUCACAGGGGAUGCGGGUCUGUGGCUUGCCCAUGUGGAGUCGCAUUUUGCCGCACAUGCCGUUCCUCCACAGCAGCAGUUGCAUCUGCUAUAUUCGAGUUUGCCUUCCCGACUCGCCACAUCGGUCAGGGAUCUCAUAAUGAGUCCCCACCCUGACGCCACAUACGCGUCAGUAAAAGCCGAAAUCCUCCGCCGCAACACGCGGUCGGAGGAGAGUCAAUUUAAUGAGCUGAUGGCCGACGAACAGUUGGGGGACAGGACUCCAUCCCAGUUCCUGCACCACCUAAGGGAGCUAAGCGGGAACGCAGCAGACGCACCACUCUUGCGGAAGAUUUUCUUCUCCAGGUUGCCUGCCCACGUGCAGACAAUGUUGGCCACGGCACUGGAGUCUGUGUCAGUAGACCAGAUUGCCACGAUGGCCGAUAAAAUAUUAGAAUUUUCGGGACCAUCUCCAUCGCAAGGCCUGUACGCAUGUACAGAGCCCCCUCCGACAUUUUCUCCGACGCAAAAUUCUCUAGCCGAGAGGAUCGAUGCACUUACGCAGUGA